UACACGUUAUCAACAUGGCGGAUGACGAACAAGAAUGCUACAAUAAGCAAAAUCAGCCAGUUGGAAGUGAAAGCGAUGAUGAUAUCCCUCAGUUAUCGGCUCAUACUCUGGCAGCUUUGCAGGAAUUUUAUGCUAAAGAGAAACAAAGGCAGGAAUCAGAAGCAUCACAAGAAAAUCAGGAAAUAAGCGAGGACUGGCAAUUGAGUCAGUUUUGGUAUGACAACAGAACAGCCACAAUAUUGGCAGAAGAAGCUCUAAGAGCAUCACAAAAUGGCAGAAUAGCUUGCCUUUGUUCACCAACUUUGUACAAAAAACUAAUUGAAAUCAAACCAGAGGGAUGUGAAGCAAAAGUCUUCGAAUAUGACGGAAGAUUCUCUGUAUUUGGUGAAGAUUUUGUUUUCUAUGACUACAAGAAGCCAUUGGACUUCCCUGCUUCAGUCACUGAGCACUCCUUUGAUAUAGUUGUGGCUGAUCCCCCUUUCCUCUCAGAAGAAUGCCUCAGAAAAACUGCAGAGACAAUAAAAUACCUUGGAAAAGAAAAAAUUAUCUUAUGCACUGGCCAAAUCAUGGAAGAUUUAGCUUUCAAGCUGCUCAGAGUAGAGCCUUGCAAGUUCCAACCAACACAUGCCAGGAACCUCGCCAAUAAAUUUGCUUGUUUUGUAAAUUAUGAUAGUGAGCUGGAUAAAUGAUAGAGGCAUUUCUUUUAGAAGAUCAACAGUUUGUGAAUUCUUCUACACUGCUUGAGGCCUCAAAUUCUACUGCACAGUAAAGGCAUGUUAUCAAUUUCUCAUCAUACUGAGCUAAAUCAUGUCAAUGGAUUUGCAGUGCUACAAUCUCAGUGGAAAGUGAAAACUGUUUAUGGUACAUACUUGCCAAAAACAGGGGAACACCAUUCUUGACAAUAGAAUACAAUAGUUCUUUCAUAAAAGCCCAGUCUCAUUAACAACAGAGAAAAAGUGCUCAUUUAGAAAUAAUCACCAUGUGUUAAGGCCAGGUUAAUAAUUUUAUGCAUAAAAAUGAAAUGUGUAGACAGUGUAUGUCAGAACACCUACCACAUACAAUUCUAAAAGGAUUUGCAUUGCAACAAGAAAAGUUUAACUCAAGAAAAUAUAAUUUUACAAUCAGAGAGUA